AACUAUUGGAGUAUAAGACAGAUGAAGGCCCAGUCUCUCUCCAUGACCUCUAAGUAACAAACUAUUUGGCUUCCUCCUGUUUUGGGAACAUCUGGACAUUCCGAUUCCUCAAGACCUCAGGCAAACUGCUCAGUCCCUCCACCCAUCUAUGCAGAUGCAGGCCCAGCCUUCUUUAUUAUCCAAAGUCAACUAGAAUCUAACCAGCCUAGUGGACCUACUGUGUGACUCCCAUGGCUAUUAACACCACCUCCUAUGGAGUGCCACCUGGAUUGGAAUAUUUACUUCAGAUAGAUCAUAUUCUGAUUCAACAGCAGUUUGAGUUUGUGGAAGCCAUUUUAGGUUUUGAAACUGCUAACCAAUACAAAAUCAAUGACAAACUGGGACAGAAGGUUUACUAUGCUGCAGAAGACUUUAGUUUCUUAACACUCAAUUGCUGUGGGGCCAUUAGACCUUUCACGAUGAGGAUCUUUGAUAAUACAGGUCGUGAAGUCAUAACUCUACGGCGACCACUACGAUGUGAUUGUUGUUGCUGCCCCUGCUGCCUCCAGAAGAUAGAAAUCGAAGCUCCUCCCGGUGUGCCAGUCGGUUAUGUUAUUCAAACCUGGCACCCAUGUCGGCCAAAGUUUACAGUUCAAAAUGAGGAGAAACAGGACGUCCUAAAAAUUAUUGGUCCAAUCUGCGUGUGCAACAUUGGAGGAAGUAUAGAUUUUGAGAUCAAAUCUCUUGAUGAAGGAUUCGUGGUUGGCAGGAUUUCCAAGCACUGGUCUGGUAUUGUGAAGGAGAUACUGACAGAUGUGGACUGUUUUGGGAUCCAGUUCCCUUUAGACCUCGAUGUCAAGAUGAAGGCAGUGUUGCUUGGUGCUUGCUUCCUCAUAGACUUCAUGUUUUUUGAAAGUGGUGGAGGCCAGAGACCAAAACUUUUUUGGUAAUGAAUCACUGUAAGUGUCCUCAGAAAAUGUGAAGCAGGAACAUUGAUUGAAACUGAAAGGAAGCAUGGUCUUUCAUUGAAAUCACCUCUGUUGAAUUAAACUAAGAUAUGUAGCUCCA